AUGAAAAGGGCUACCUCACCAUUUAAGAGGCUGUCCCAUUCCAGGGAGCCCUCCCACGACGAAAAUUCGAACUCCAUAUUCCACCACAAUAGAUCUACCUCCAGUAGCAGCAAUCACAAGAGGAGCAGUUUCCAACAACAGCAUGCACGUUCUGCCAGUGGCUCAAAUGCCCCUCCUCCGGUCUCUGGUACUAAUUUUAGUCAUAAAAGAAACACAUCGCGUGGCUCCAACUCGUCACAGAACUCAAAUUUGUUGGCGGAACAGUACGAUAGGGAUAGGAAAGGACUAAUCACUUAUUGUUUCUCAAAACCGGAUCCCAAAACUAAUGCACCACCAAAUAAUUAUAUAACACAUGUGAGAAUAAUUGAGGACUCCAAACAUCCAAGCUCGAGACCACCAUUGGACUCCAGAUUAGAAAAUAAGAAAAAGAGAAUACUUAUCUUGAGUGCCAAAAGCAAUCGUCCCAAGGAGGUUCAAAUGCAUAAGGCUCGUGAGAAUAGAGAUGGAUCUUUUCAGAUUGGUAGAACGUGGGAUCUAAAAGAAUUAACUAAGAUCGAAAGGGAUCCUGAGAGAGACGAAGGUUUUAUGAUGGUAAUGGGAAAGAAAUAUUAUUGGGAGACAAAUACUUCAAAGGAGAGAACUGUUUUUAUCAAAUCCUUGGUGAAAAUCUUUAUGCAGGUGGCAGAAGGUCAUGUUCCUGAGUUGCUUCAUUGGGAUUUAUCAAUGUUUUAUUUAGAUGAAAAGAGCUAUGAAAGAGCUGUAAUUAGAACAAUUCCAACUUCAUCGACAAUACCAAGCUCAAUGCCAUUAACUCCCCAAUCUCCUCAGAAUCUCAUUUCUCCUGUCAUUACCAAUGACAUUCCACAACGAAGAGUCGUCGCCCAGUCUCCUGUAAGCUCAACUCAUCCAUAUGCAGCCACCCAAGGGAAGAUUCAACUUAUAUCAACUCCACAAAAUGCAUAUCCUGGUUCAAAACCAUCGUUAAGCAAAGCUCCUUAUUCUACUACAUCCACAAUGAAUACAGUUAGUAACAACUUUGCCCAGCAAUCACAACAAUCGGCCCGUCAAACUACCAAAGCACAAGAGCAACAACCUACUCAAAAUGUAAUGCAGAAACAACGUUAUUCUCAAGAAUAUCGUCAAAUCGAACCACAACCAAGAUCACCUCAAAGGACACACGCCUUAUCUGGACAUAGUUAUGAACAGCAACAAUUAGGCUCACCUCCGAAGCAAGGCUUCUCAUCCCCUACAAAACAUCCAUUUAUAUCACCUUCAACUGAACAAACUCCAGAAGCUUCAAACCUCUAUGAAAAGCUUCCUCCAAAUAUCAAUAGGAAAGAUUUUGAGUCAUAUGGCAACUCGGAUGAAUAUUCAGAAUCUUCCGCUUCUACUUCAAGGAAGACACCAGUUGUUCAACAUCAAAAAACUAGAGAAGCUACAACUCCAAAGACACCUCAAGACAAAUUCUUUCCCGGAAGACGCAGCGAAGAUGAAAGUGACGAAGACAUAUCGGACCAAGUUCAUUUAUCGCAUGUAAAUACCAAGCAAACGUCGUCUUCUGGAGCAACUCAAAACCAACCUAUUAAUCCGAAACAAAAUUUAUUAGAAGACUUAAAUGCAGUACUAGGUGAAGAUCCAAAUGUUAAACCUCGUAGCACAAAUAACGAAUCACCUGAAGUGGCGCCGCUAAAUAUGGGUGAAGAUGGAGAGCAAUUGGAAAACGAUGCCGUAGAUUUCUAUUUAGAUGAAUAUAGUGAUGGCGGAGUAGAUUUGAAUGAAACGAUACCAGAACCAAUUCCCUUACCUGAACCUUCAAAAACAAGUUAUUCCAGAGAGAGAGAAAAUAACUUAGAAGAAGAAGAAUCGGAGGAUACAAGGGAGUUCGAUACUACGAAUGAUCUUUCUUUUGAAAACAAUGAUGAAGCUCGUUAUAGUAGGCAAUUAGAAGACCCUAACCAGUCACAUUUAUAUCAUCAAGUUGGAACUAUUCAAGAAGAGGACUCAACAGUGAAUCUUGAGAAAGAAAUCGGUGAGAAAGAGUCCAGCGAAGUCACAAAGAAAAAUGUAGACAUCGAUGAUGAUGCCCUAUUGGAAGUAUUAUCAAGCAUAAAUUGGGAUGUAAAUGAUGAUGUUGAUUCAUUAUUGAAGAAUAUAGAUCUGGAAUUAGCCAAGACGCAACACAUUUUCAACAAUGGUAUUUUGUCUUUGGAGAAAAUUGGACCUAGUUUGGAACCAUCCACCGACAAUGUCAAUAAGGAAUGUGAUAAAAUGAAUCCCUCUUUUACCCUAUUCUUGAUGGAAAUGAACAAUUUUUCGGAAGAUAUCGAAUAUGUUGAAAGCCAAGAUAACGGAUUACAAGUGGAGUAUGCUAAUAAGAAACUACUAUGGAAUACUUUGUCUGAACUGUUAAAUACAGUAUCUCUGGACGAAAAAACUUUGAAAGAAUUACUAAAGUGCCCAAUUAGAGAACGAAGCUUACCAUGGCUAGAUGUCCAAUUGAAUUCGUUGUCAAAGGCCCUAAAGGCUAUUAGUGGGGACUUAAAUGAAGAAGAUUAUAACUUGAGAGAUAUGGCUGCAUUGAAACAGAGACGUCAGUAUUAUGAAAAAGUCACCGAACUUUUCUUGGAAAGGGUUGUCGAAGAAAUGGGAAGCAAAUUUGCCAAUAUUCAUACUGAUGGAACUUCGAACGAUCAAUUAACCAGCAUUUUGUCCCGAUUGCUCGUUUUCUCUUCCAUAAUUUUAUUCUGCAAAGAAAUAUCAUCCGAGCCAUAUAAAAAGAUAGUUGAAGUAUGGAAUAGCAAUAUUCAACACACCUAUAACAGUUUAUGGGAGAAAGAUAUUCGUAAAUUGACAAGCGAUGAAAAUGAACUGAUGAGAUCAAAUAAAACGAAUAAUAUGGACGAGAGUAGCCAACAACGGAUUUUAACCAGUUGGAAACAUUUCAAGGAAACUAAAAAGUUUAAUAUUGAUGAGCCAACUUCAGCUAAAUUUUUGUCUUCUAUGAUCACUUCCUUGGAAAUAUUGGAACAGCAAUGUGUCGAAUAUCAAAAUUUUGUAGAAAAUUUCUUCCAUAUUUCUUCCACCCUUGAUUUCAAUCAAUUUAUUGUGAAAUAUCAGGAUUAUAACACCAGAGUGAUUCCAUUGUCUUCUAUAGAAAAGAUGGAUCCAGAUAGAGAAUCUGCUGCAAUAAAGAACCGAAUGGUUUCCAGAAUUUUCCAACCAAUAGUCAUCAGGAUCAUUUCAUUUUUGAAUAAAACUUUGAAAGCUGAGCGUUGUGCUGCUCCAUCAUUGAUGAUACUAUUGGAGCAGAAAAUAAAAAAAUUAGACCUUUCCAAUCAAGAAUUCCUUCUCGAUUCAUUGAAGAGAAUAUUUACACAAGUCAAGCAAAUAUGGCUCGAAUAUGUGGAUGAGCAAUUGAUUUAUCUAGAAAGAUCUGUCAUUAACACUUCAAAUAGAAGUAUUUGUGCGUCAGUCUUAACACAACCUAUAUUUAUCAAAGAACUAUAUGAAUCAAUUUGUUACGUUCAGAAUGAAAUUAAGCUAGAGGAUGCCACUACGUACGAAUCGUUCGAUAUAAUGAUGAGUUCAUGUAGUAAAUUGGCGAUGACAGUGACAAAAUUCUUAACAAAGAAAAAUGAUGGUACUGGUAUCAUGACUGGCUUACAAAACGAAAAUCUUGCCUCAGAAGAUUUAGAUGAAUCUAUUGAACUUUUGAUGAAUAGUGAUUGGUUAAUCGAAAUGUUUACCAUGUUAAAUGUCAAGAUGUUGGGAAUUUUUGACAUUCCUAUCCAGAAUGCCAAGAAGGUAUUCGACGUUGAAAAGGAAGCAUAUGCGGAUUUCCUUCUACGUGAAUCAAUGCCAAAGUUAACUUCCUUUGUCCUUGGUGCUACAAAAGUAGUACAGUCUUUACCUGAUAAUUCUGGGAAUCCAUCAAGGAGAGCCGCUUACAGUAAACACAAUUUGGAAAUGAUUCUGAAGACAUAUACUUCAUCAGAAAUAGAAGUGUUAGUGAAAAGACUGCAUAAGCAUUUAACAAAUCAUUUCUCUACGGGUCAGAAUGUGGUAGUAAAGGCUGCUCUUUGCGAGAAGUUAUGGUCUUGCUUACAAGGUCAAACGGUUUCCUUAUAUCUGAAACUAUACACUUUAAUCGAUAGGCAUUACAAGGGAACAAACAUUAACUUCACGAAAAACGACGUUAUUACUGCAUUUGAAAAAUUCAAGAAAUAG